AUGGCCGACUCUCAAGAAAGCAUGAUAUCCAGGUUGACCAACUCCUUCAACUCACUCGGAAACGAGGGCAGUCCAAAGGAGGUCCGACACCAUGAGGCUCUUGUAAGGGCGGAGUUGGCUCGGGUCCACGAUGCAUACUUUAUUUUGUGGCACGGCGUCAAUGCCCCUGAUCCACUCGCAGUAUUUGAUCAAGUCGAUAUAAGGAAGGAGCUCUUAGAUCAGCUGCAGUCGAAACGUUUACCUAGCUUAAGACGCCAAGUUGACUCUCUCUCGAAAGCAUUUAUCGCCCGAUCCGAUCUUGAUAAGAAGCCGAUCACGAAGUUGAAGCUAGUCUUGAAAAUUUUGUCGAAACUGGACGUCACAAUGGGUAAAAUUAAAUUUGCCAUAGCUUGUAUCCAACCGGAGUUAGAGACAGCAGACGUGAGACAUGAUAAGGACUUCAAAAAGCUGAAAUCUUACACAUGUUGCCGUCUGGGACUCAGAAUAUACACGACAAACGGAUACGUUUGUGACUUACUUCAAACCUAUCGUCGUCUUAUCGAAGAGUCUGGACACUCAUUUCCCCAGCAGCCCGAAAAGAGAGCUGAGGUGCUCACGUUGACAGAUGCAUGCUCCGGCUCAAUCGAUGAGGCGCUCACAUUCAUGGAUCAAUCGGAGUUAAAUUAUAUUCAAGACGAAUGGCGGUUGUGUAUCGAGUGGAUAACUGAAACGCUCGAGCUAUUUCUUGAAUUCGUCAAUCGAACCACAGCCCGCUUAAAAAAAAUGGAGACUUCACGAAUGCGACCUCAUCCCGGUAUGUCUCAUGCUAGAACAUCGGUGAUAGCAGCAAUCAAAUUAUCAAGAUUGUUUGUGGCGCAGAUGCUCAAGAUAUCGAACGAUACAGAAAACUUCAGGAUGGUGCCUGAUUUGACUUCGAGGGAGCUCGAUAAGUUUCUUACAUAUCCUGCCACGAUCCCGUCCAGUAUCAAGUGCCUUGUGUACGGUCUAUCGGAGGAUAUCGGCGAUGAUCAGUUCAACGAUCCUGCUAUUAUCCAUAAAGCAAUCACUCAUACGCUGUCUGCUCCUAGAAUUAUCUUACUCAUGUUGAACUACAUGUUUGUUCCUGUGUGCCAUCAAGCCGAUCAGCCUUCCCCCAGGAUUUAUCACAAGGCUUGGUUUUGUCAAUGGAACAAGCUUUACCUCUUGGCUACUCAAGCCUUCCACCAGGAUCCCGGGUUCCUUGUCCCUCAGCCAUAG